GGUCGCGUUGACGUUGACGUACGCAUAACCUGUUAAAGGUUGUUUUUGGCUCGUAACGAUUGUAAAUCGUGACAUCUCGACGAUCUCGCGGGAUAUGAGUUGUCAUUGUAAAAAUACACGAUAGCCCCGAGAAUGGCUGCGCCUCAUUUAGACGUGAGCGAUAUCGUUCACCUGAAUGUUGGCGGCACCAGAUUCUCCACAUCUCGUCAAACUCUGACAUGGAUCCCGGAUUCUUUUUUCACAGCAUUGUUAAGUAACAGAAUCGACAGUCACAAGGAUGAGACUGGUGCGCUUUUUAUAGAUAGAGAUCCGAAGCUGUUCUCCAUCAUAUUGAAUUAUCUUCGUACCAAGGACAUUGAUCUGAAAAAUGUAGAUAUUCGGACUUUAAGGCACGAGGCCGAGUACUAUGGCAUCACUCCUCUAGUUAAACGGUUGAUGCUCUGCGAAGACUUGACUCAGUCAUCCUGCGGCGACGUACUGUUUUACGGUUACUUACCACCUCCGAGCAUACCGCUUCAAGAACCGGUUGCAGUAACAGCAAAUGUCAGUGACGUAUCAGUUCAUAUUAGGGUUAGUUCCAGCUCAAGCUCUAGAGUCGAAGGACCAUCUACCUCGCAAUCUGCAACGACCACUAACUCCACUAAUCAAAGUACUAAUGGUCCACAAAAUCAUAAAGGAGCACUGGGGACGCAUAUGAGAAACUCCUCUUUAGAUUAUCGAUUGCCACAACGCGGUCUCCCGCAUUCUCGCACACCAUCUUUAGAUCUGAGACAUGCUAGGAACAACUCGGCUGAUCUGAAUAAAUUGUAUAAAAACGAUAUCGGUCUAAUAUUUGGAUCACAGCAAGUUUCGUCAUGGGUGGACCCUCUGAGAGUGCAGAUCAUAAAGGCGCACCACAACUGGAUAGUGAUCGCUUACGCACAUUUCAUCACGUGCUACCGGCUGAAGGACUCGUCUGGAUGGCAACACGUGUUCACCAGUCCGCAUAUCGAGUGCAUAAUAGAACGCGUGGCGAUAAACGCAAAAAUGGGAAGUGGCGCGGACGGCAAGAUGGUUGCGAUCUCCUAUGGAAGUCAAGUAAGACUUUGGGGUGUGUCCGAGGAAGGGAUCAAGAUCAACGUGGGCACGUUCAAUUUAAACGUGCGUGUGGAAUACUUGUUCUUCAUUGGCAGCCAGUUAGUCGCGUUGUCGCCGACCGGAAAAAUCGGUGUGUGGCACGCGAUGACUCAUCACUGGCAGAUACAGGACGUAGUGCCCAUCCUGUCAUUUGACACCGCUGGAUCUUUUCUUCUAUUAGGUUGCAAUAACGGUUCCAUUUAUUAUAUUGACAUGCAAAAGUUUCCUUUGCGAAUGAAGGAUAACGACUUGCUCGUGACCGAAUUAUAUCGAGAUCCGAGUUACGAUCCCAUAACUGCAAUAUCUGUGUAUUUGACGCCGAAAACUACAUCUGAGAGGGGAAAGGGAGGUCUCUGCGGAAAUUGGAUAGAAAUCGCCUAUGGCACGAAAUCUGGAAGUGUCAGAGUAAUCGUCCAACAUCCCGAAACUGUUGGUCAUGGUCCGCAGCUAUUCCAAACGUUCACAGUGCAUCAGAGCAGCGUAACCAAAGUAACACUCUCGGAAAAAUACUUAGUGUCGGUUUGCUCGGAAUACAAUCACGUCAGAAGUUGGGCGGUGACCAGAUUUCGCGGAAUGAUUUCCACUCAACCAGGAUCAACGCCAGAGGCAAGCUUCAAAAUUGUUUCUUUGGAAGCAAUUGAUCCAUGCGUCAGCUAUAAUGCCGGCAACGAUUUUGGACCAUUCGGCGAACAAGAUGACGAGCAAGUGUUCGUACAGAAAGUCGUACCGGAAACCGAUCAGUUGUUUGUGCGAUUAGCGUCAAAUGGAAAAAGAGUUUGCGUAAUACAGUCAGUGGACGGCAGCAUUAUAAGCUCAUUCUAUGUGCACGAGUGUGAAGGUUCUAGUCGCAUGGGCUCAAGGCCCAGACGUUUCAUAUUCACUGGUCAUUCUAACGGCACCAUUCAAAUGUGGGAUCUCACAACGGCAUUGGAUCCGUCUUUCAAUGCCACUCAAGCAACAGAUACCUCCGGUGGACCUACGCCAGAGGAACUUUGGAAAUUGUUGGAUCAAUGUGAACUGAGCAACAGCCAUUGCUCAACGCCUUGCAUCAGUCCAUCUCCUUCGUUGCUCGCGGCUGGACCUAGGAUUAAGUCAAGUAACGUAUUAUUUCUCAAUCAAUCGCAAAAUCCAGACGCAACACCUGGACCAAGUCAAGUGUAAGGAUGCGCCUAAUUGAGGUAAUGUCGUGACAAAGUGCACGCAAUCAGAAUCUGCAUUUAUUUAGUUAUUUAUUUAUUAAUGACGCUAUAAGUCGCCAAAAGUCGAUAGAGGUAGUAACGUUCCUAAAUCGCCACUUUUGCAUUUUCAAUGAGACCGGAGUUUACUAUUAAUCUACUUAAACAGUGCAAUCUCUAAAAAUAAUAUAUAUAGCAAAGGACAUGACUGCAUUUAUAAACUCUGUAGCCAUUAAUGUUGAAAUCAUUAUUUUAAUAGGGAAUUUGCUCUUGUGCGUACAUGUGGGUGUUUAUUAAAUAUUUUUAGGAAAGUUUACCACUUUUGAACAUACUCAAGAGUAUUUAUUUAUUUAUUGUUAUUAAUAUUGACGUAACAAAAUUUGUCUCGAAAUUUACUCUUUAAGAAAUUUGAUAAAUAUCUAGGAGUUUAAUUAUACGUUUUAUCUUGUUUACUAUUUAUUGUUCCAAUAUGGCUAUUAAAUCCUCUUAAGACAGAUCAAUUUUACAAUAUUCGUAUUGUUCUAUGUAAACUUUUAUAUUUUGUCUCGUUAAAUAAGGUAAGGGAAAGAAUAGACAUUCGACAAAAUCAUGAACUGAUAGAUAAUGUAAGUUGAAUGUUCUGUUAGUUAUAUAUUUUGUAUCGAUGUUAUAAACUGAAUCAGAUACGAGAGAUGAUCAUACACGAAAUAAUGUUAUUUGCAACGUCGCUUUAAUAUCUCGCAACGCAUUAAAACAAGAUCGCCAAAUACUUUUAAAUUUUGAGAAACAUUUAUUGUAAAUCAGUGUGACUAUCGUUAUACAUAAAUUUCUGUACAACGAUUUUGCGUUUCGACGGUAAAACACUAUUUCAACGUUGUAUCAUUAUCAACAUUUCAUGCUCUGAACAUUUAAGAAGUCGAUUUUACCACUUAUUUCGUCGAUUAAAGGUAUACAUUAUGUAUGCAAUUAAAAGAUUACACAUAAUCGAAAACUCGUUUCUUCGUAUUAGACUCUCAUUAUAUACAUAAAUACUUAUAGAUUUACUGCACAUACAAUGUAUAUGCGUUCAUCGAUGUACUUGUACAUACAUAUAUAAAACGUAUAGUAAUAUUGUUGCGUAACCGCGUUACUUCUGUGAUUUAAAUAAACUAUGUGUAUGGCGGUA